AUGGUUGAAAUCCGCGCUGCAGCCAUCAAAUGCACGGAGGUGACUCCCCAAUACCCAGUUGAGAACACCAUCUACGGCUACGCGCCCGACUUUGUGCUGAGCAUCGAAUUCUGUUUGAUCUUCGGUGUUUGUUCUUUGAUACAACUCGGCCAGAUCAUCAGAUGGCGCCUAUGGUCGUUUAGUGCUGCUGUGCUUCUCGGUUCUUUGACUGAGAUGAUUGGCUAUUUUGGUCGCAUAUUGCUCAACCAAAACCCAUAUUCAUCCGCUGGUUUUAAGACGCAGAUUUGCACUUUGACAAUAGCACCUGCUUUCUGGUCAGCGGCCAUAUACCUGACGCUGAAGCAUGGCGUGAACAUCCUGGGGCAACAACACUCGACACUAAGGGCGAAAUGGUAUCCUUACAUUUUUGUCACCUGCGAUGUCAUCUCGUUGAUUCUCCAAGGCGCUGGUGGUGGCCUUGCGGCAGCAGCUAAGACAUCCAAAACCAGUGACAUGGGCAGUAAUGUCAUGCUAGCUGGGAUCGUUUGGCAAGUUGUUACCUUGACGGUAUUUGGGGUCAUGUCGGGCCACUUUCUUCUUCGUAUAAAGAACGCCCCGAAAGAUGGAUUGACGGCGGAGGCCCACAAAGUUUGGAACAGUCGCAAUUUCUGGGUGUUUUUCUGGGGUAUUUUUGCGUCAUUUAUGACAACUUAUAUCCGUUGCGUCUAUCGUAUCGCGGAGAUGGCUGGUGGGUGGAAAAACCCCAUAAUGCAGGAGGAACUUGAUUUUACAAUCCUUGAAUCGAUGUAA